AUGACCCAAGUUGAUGAGAAGAUAAUGGAAGCAAGAAUUAGUGAAGCCGUUGCAUCCUCCCUGAUGAAAAGACUGCAGGAGCUGAUCCGUAACACAAUGGAUUUCAGGAAGUUUGACCCUCGCUCCUUUGAUGGAUCGUUGGGGGAUCCCACUAAAGCAGAGAUGUGGUUGUCAUCAAUUAAGACGAUUUUCCAUUUUAUGAGGUGCUCGGAAGAGCACAAUCUCCAAUGUGCAGUAUUCAUGCUGACUGGCAAUGUAGAGAUUUGGUGGCGUUCAGCAGAGAAAAUGAUUGAUACUUGUGAGGAACUUGCAACCUGGGAGAAGUUCAAGGAGCAUUUUUAUGAGAAGUAUUUUUCGGCCAACACCCGGUACAACAAGCAGGCAGAGUUCUUGAACUUUAAACAAGGAGUUAUGUUAGUAAAGGAAUAUGAGCAGGAAUUUGAUAAGUUGUCCCACUUUGCUCCUAAGCUAGUAGCCACCAAGGCAGCAAGGACAAAGAGGUUCAUCCAGGGUCUGAGGAGCAGACUGCGAGGUAUGGUACAUGCCUUGGACCUCAAGAUGUAUGUUGCGGCACUUCGGGCUGCCUGA